GGAGCUUCUGUCUUUGAAAUUGUUCAUAACAGCAAAUAAUUUCUUGAGCCAAACAACUAAGAUGACGAUUUCAACACCAAUAAGAAGCUCAGAUGCCUCAGUAGAUGAAUUUCACCAGCGGAACAGGAUCAGUUCCACGCUCCAUCCAACUUCUGAUGUAUCUCUUGGCCCCAUUGCAAACAGGAACAUGGAAUCUUGCAGAUCAAAAAGAAAAAGGAACAUGGAAUCUUCGUCAAUGGAUUGGGAAUUGCUUUCGAACCACAUUCUCGAUUUAAUUCAUGAUAAAUUGGUUUAUCUUGUUGACUAUAUCUAUUUUGGUGCUGUAUGUAAGGAAUGGCGCUCUGUUGCACAAGACAAUAGAAAGCGAAGGCGCACCAUCAACGCAUCUCAUCCUCAUCAACCCCCUUUACUCUUGGUUCCUAUUAAAGACAAAGAUGAGAAACUUAUAUAUAGUAUCACCCAAGACCGAGUUAGCAACAUGAGAUUAAGAGUACCUUUUAAUAAAAGGUAUUAUGGUUCCUCCUAUGGCUCGCUGAUCGACAUGGAUGAGACAUUUAGCAUAAUUCUACUAAAUCCUUUCUUGGAAAAAGUCAUCAAACCACCUCCGAUGACAAAAGGUGAUGAAUCUACCACCGACCACGAGCCUUUUAUUUUGAAAGCAAUUUUAUCAAAUGAUCCGGACCUAAAUCCGAAUGAUUUUAUGGUUGCAAUCAUAUACAAUGGUAUGCGAUACUUAGCAGUCUAUAAAUCAAGUCCACGAUCUUGGACUUACUUGCACGACCAUCCAAAUGGAAUGGGUUACCGUGAUAUAAUUCAUCACAAGGGAGAUUUUUAUGCCAUAGACGGUAGAUUGGGCGUUGGAAAGAUUGAUGUUGCUGGUAUUGAGAAAUGUCCACGGCCUCAGGGUUUAUACCCUAGUUUACCCGGAUCGUGUGUAUGGUGAAUGGGAUGAUGUACCAAUAUUCACAAGCAGCUUUAUAAUCCACAAGCUAGAAGAAUCAAAGGAGCUUGUUGAGAUCAGGGAUAUAGGAGAUAAUGCAAUGUUUUUAGGCGAUAAUAAUUCUUUUUUACUCCC